UCUUGGCCUUUAAUGAUUGGGAAGAAACAUGAGUUCCGAGCAAGAUAUGGCAAGGUGGACAGCGUCUUCUAUUUUCCUGUCAUGAUGCAUUCUGUAAAUUGAUCUAUGGAUCCUAAAUUUCCUGUGUGUAUACUUCUUAUCAGCCAGAGACUUAGAAAACAUAUUAUGUGUGGUUUAUGUAAUGUCUUGAGCUGUUGCAAUAUUUUCUCACAUUCAGAGGGAACCAAUUUUAUUGGGUAUUAUUUGUUUUGCAGAUUUUGUUAGCUGGUUUGUGGCUCACUAAAAAGGAUGGGUAAGGCAAAAGGUGGUUCAAUAUUUAUUAGGCUUGUCUCUGCUGCUGGGACAGGAUUUUUCUAUGUGAAGCGGAAGAACCCUCGGAAGAUGACAGAAAAGCUUGAGUUCCGUAAGUAUGAUCCCCGAGUGAACCGACAUGUUCUCUUUACAGAACAAAAGAUGAAGUGAGUGUGAAGGGCCGUAAGAUAUGGAUCUCUGUGCACUCGUACGGUCAUGUGGAUCCCAUUUGUUGGAUACAUCUGAAAAGAAGCUUGUGGAAGAUAAUCUUUUUCUACUGUGUUGGAUUUUAAUUGUUGCCAUUUAUAUUCAGUAGCUUUACUCAAUAACACUAAUCAUCUUACUUGCAUAGUUGCUUUUAAUCCACUGGUUUAUGAUCCA